AUGACCCACCACUACCUGUAAAGAUCGCUGUCAGUCCCUUGUGUCUUUUUAUGUAUAUUUGUGCAUGUAUGCUGCAUAUCGCAUGCAUUUUCGACACAGAAUAUUGAUUGGUCAUUGUUCAAAGACGUUCCCGUGACCGUCUAUUGCAACAUGGGCCGCGGUUACACAGUAGACGAUACCGUGGAGGUAUAUCUGACCAAACUAUGUGAUCAGCAAGCAGACAACAUCACAGGUCUGCUCAUUGGACAGAGCUCACCUCUAAGGGAUUUUGUUGUCAUGGCAUGCCGGACUCCUUCGAGACACGAAGGCCUUGUUGGUGUUGGGAAGUCUUUGGACAAGGAGUGGAUCAGCGAGCAUGCCCGACAGGUGUCCAGGAUGUUGCCUGGGGGCUUGUCCGUGUUGGGAGUCUUUGUCAUCAACGACGCAGACACCAAGGAUGCACUAGCUUCACUUCGGCAGCUGGUGUUCACGGUGCACAGUCUUAUAUCUUCUGAGCAUGUGUGGAAGCCCGUCGAUGAUGAUGUCACGGACUGCGUCACGCUGCACAUCAACCCCAAAAGCAGAAAAUUUGUGUGCAGAACCUUUGACAGCAGAGAUCCUAAGAGUACGGCCAAACCGGCUGAUUGGAAGUACCAGCUCGGCGUAUGUUCCUCCUGGUCCCUGAUGACUUGCUCUGUAAAUGUGGACCUACUGCUUCCGCUCCCAGACAGCAGCAGCAUCUGUUCGCAGAGCAUGGCGAAGUGCCUGAAGGAGGCAGUGAAAGUGUGGGCGCGGCAGAUAGAGAAUUCAAUCUGUCUGAUAGACGGCACGCAGCUGCCACAGGAUGCAGAACUCACAACAGGACAGAAGAGGAACAUGAGACAGAUGUUUGGCGCUAAGCUGCUCAUGGCUCCGGAAGAGCACAGCUUACCAAAUACAGUCCAGCCAUGCGGAGGCAGCCUGUCAGUCAAAGGAACCAUCCACAGCCGAGCUUACCUGCACAACAACAAACCCAAGGCCAAACUGGCAGAGAAGCUGCUGAAGAGAGACGUGGUCUCUACCAUGGUCACCAGAGUUCAUAUGUGGCUUGAAGAACUGCCGAGCUCACAACAAGACAUGAAAGAAAUGACCGGAGACAAAGACGGGACAGAGCGAUUCUGCCUGCCUCGCCGUGUCUUUGCGCCUGUAAAAGCGGGCGGGCCUUUGUUUGUGUGUGACUACCAGUUCAGUGACGAGGACCCAAUGGACGUGAUUGACAGGUUGAAGGAAAUGCUGGACAUUGACACAGCUGGAGAAGACUUGGAUACCACCUUGGAGGUCGCUGCCCAAAUCCUUAACAAACCAGCAGAUUGCGUGUUUCCAGAGGCUCCUGUUGGAAAUGUUGAAGUACAAACGCCUAUGAGAAACAUCUACGUAGGUGUUGCCAUGGCUACCGUUGUCGCCCUACUCGCCGCCGCUGCCUCAGUCCUCUCUGUCAGUGACAUCUGACACACAAAAUAAACGUAUGUGGCAGAGGGGAA